AUGGUUUUUAGAGCUUGGAGCUCAUCGUUGACAGAGCUUAAAGGUUUGUUGAUGGCUGGCUUCUUGGUUAGGUUUUUUGUGGUUGUUGAGUCUGUUUUCAUGGGGUUUUGGGGUCAUUUGGUUGCUGUUUUUGUGUCUGGUUCGACCUGCUGGUUGCAGCAGUGUUGUUUCGUGAUGAUUCUCGCCGGAGACAGUGGAUUUGAUGGGUUUGGAGUCGGGUAUUUGGUGGUUUUAGCGAGCUCGAAGCUCGUUCGCUUCAUGCGUUAUGCUCCGGCAUUUUUGAAUGGUUGGAGGGAUGUAUGCAAAUGGAAUGGAAAAGCCACAUUGUUGAUACCUUUAGGGGAAUAUGUGGUAAAUGGUGCAGUUUUUAAAGGACCAUGCAAUGGAUGGGACAAGACCUUCGAAAUGAGAGGAGUUAUCAAAGCUCCAAUAGAUCCAAAGAUAUUCUGCAAUGAGUAUUGGAUUCUUUUUAAGUAUAUAGAUGGCUUAAAGAUUAAAGGACAUGGAACCUUUGAUGGACAAGGGGCUUGUGCUUGGGGAAAACAUCAAUGUGCAAUCCUUCCCUUUACAGUUGGAUUCUAUUUCAUGAAUAAUUUUAUUGUGCAUGACAUACAUUCAAUCAAUAGCAAGGGUGUACACAUCAACAUCUUCAGUUGCAGUUAUGGAUAUUUUAGGCAUAUUAAGAUAAGUGCACCAGAUGAAAGCCCUAACACUGACGGCAUUCGUAUAGGCAACUCAAACAACAUCCGUAUCGUGGAUUCAAACAUUGGUACCGGAGAUGAUUGUAUAGCUAUGGUAGCAGGUAGUCAAAGCAUCAACAUUACCAGAGUCACUUGUGGCCCUGGCCAUGGAAUAAGUAUAGGUAGCUUAGGUAAACUAACUAACAAUGAUGUUGUGAAGGAUAUACACAUCAAAAAUUGCACCUUGAUCAAUACUCAGAAUGGUGUGAGAAUUAAGACUUGGGCAUUAUCGAUGAAUGGUAUGGCUACAAAUAUAGCAUUUGAGGAUAUUAUCAUGAUAAAAUCAUCAAAUCCUAUAAUAAUUGAUCAACAAUAUUGUCCAAGUGGUAAUUGUAAAAAACAGACAUUAAGUAAGGAGCCAUCUGCAAAGCCUACCAUGUCUGCUACAGUUGAUGCUACUGAGCAGAUUCUUGCUGGUACUCAGAGCAAUGCUUCGAGAAACCAUUUCGGGGGAAAUCGUCAAAGCACAGGCAACUUUAUCACGGAGGGUCAUAUCCAAAGUCCAUGCUGCUCCUAG